GGGGGGGGGGGGGGGAGAGAGAGAGAGCCCGGACGCGGAGAACAAUCAGUGUCAGCGGCCGACAGACCGACCGACGGAGACGCGGAGCAGCCGCGGCGGCGCCGGGCCUCAACUCCAGAUUGCACGGUGUGUGUAUAAGACACGAUGGCCCAGGAAACGAAUCAGACGCAGGUCCCCAUGCUGUGUACCACAGGCUGUGGUUUCUAUGGUAAUCCAAGAACUAAUGGAAUGUGCUCAGUUUGCUACAAAGAAUAUCUGCAGAGACAGCAGAACGGUGGCAGGAUAAGCCCACCAGGUAAGUCGGGAAGCUUCGGUGUGGAACACGUGAAAAACCUUUACAAAUGGAUUGGGGAAGCCAUCUACUUUUCUGGUUUCCUGUUGUGCAAUUCUGCAGCUACUGGGGCAAGUAGUAACAGCAGCUCGAGUACCGAGUCAAUCCCGGUUCAGUGUACGGAAGGAAACCCUGACAUGUCUGCAGAUAUCUCCAUGAAUGGCACCUCUGCCAAAACUAGCACUCCGGUAACACAGCAGAUGACAGCGAUGAGCAUCUCCCAAGAUGAAUCAAGCCUUGACAGUGAGGGAACUCUAAAAUUGGAAGUCAUUACAGCAUCAGCUGCUGUGAACUUAGAAACUACAGAAAGUUCCACAAACGGAGAGAAAGCUCCAGAAAAAACAAAACCCAAGAAGAACAGAUGCUUCACCUGCAGGAAGAAGGUUGGAUUGACUGGAUUUGAUUGCAGAUGUGGAAACCUUUUCUGUGGACUUCACCGCUACUCAGACAAACACAGCUGUCCUUAUGAUUACAAGGCUGAAGCAGCAGAGAAGAUCAGGAAAGAGAAUCCCAUUGUGGUGGCUGAAAAAAUUCAGAAAUUAUGAACUGCAAUAUUGUAGCAAGACUUUCAUGUGGGAAAAUCCAACAUGGUAUCAAGAGCCCAGCUUAAUACAAAACCUGUUUGUGUGCAAACGGAUAGGCAUGAGAUUGGCAGAUGGUUUAGUCAAUGGCUUCCUGCUGAUGGAAAUUUGCCCUGUGGUACAAUGAAGAAACUAUAUUAUCAAGUAUGGAAAGUUAAAGCAGCCAAGGAACAAGGUGAACUGUACCACACAUGCAGUCCCUUUUUCAGCAGCGGGCUUUUGACUGUGCCUUCUGUCUUAUUAAUCUACUGAGAUCAAGUCUGCAGGGAACCAGGCCACUGUACCCAUUUAUGUGCCUGUAGGUACUUGUGCCCCUUUGCAGAACCCUGAGUAAUGACCUCAUUUGGCUUACUUCUUUAAUGAGCUAUGAACUUAUUCUUUGUGUGUUGGAUCUAGGUGAUUAUAUACCUUUUUUCCCCUCAGGUAAUUACCGAUGUAUAGCAGGGAUCUGGCGUUGUCCAGUACUCUACAGACUGAAAGAUGGACUUAGAAGUUGCCAUGGUACACAAGAGAAGAGAAGAUGCUGAAAUCAAUCUAAUAAACUGAUUAAAAUUAAUUUUCAGAGUUAAAUGAAAAAGACAACAGUCAUACACUAUCCUGUGUAUCAUGGCUGCUUUCUGAGCUAAAAAGGUUAAUUCAUGCAGGUAAGUAUAGAUAUUAUUCAUGGCACAAUUACUAAAGUAUUUUUUUAUGGGUGGGCAAACAGGAGGUUAGCCAAAAGAGUCUUUACCCAGACAAAUUAGAGGGACAGUAUCUCAUUUCAGUAAGUUUGCUGUCGGAUUUACAGUGAUGGAUUAUACCAAAAGACCCCAAUCUAUUUUUAAUGUCCGCCAUAUUUAUGGAAAUCUCCACAGCAUGGCAUUAAAAGGAAACAAAAAGAAUCUACGUCUGGCAAAUGACUUGGGUUUUCUUUGCAGUAUUAUUGCCUUUAUUGAAUUUUUGAAAGAAAAAUAUUGGGUUUGUGGCAUCCAGAUUAGUUUUGAGCCAAAAAGUGAUUGUGUUUAAAAAUGGAUGUGAGACUGGUCUGGGCGUGGUCCGGUUCACUGCACACUUCAAGCUGAGCUACAUGCAAAUAAAUUGCAGUGUUGCAGUCUUUGACCAUUUUUUUCCCUUCCUUUUUAAUAGCUAAUUACAGCUUUGAUAGUUACUCACUUUGUAACAAUGUACAGUUUAAACUUGUAAAUUGGAAAGGGAUGAUGACUGAAUGCUUUGGGUGCCAGUUGUGUGCUUGUUUUUCUUCUAUAUAAUUUUCUUCCUGUAAUGAAAGUAUGAUAUAAAAUGAUAAUAUAUUGUAGUUUGCUUGAAUUGUGUGUUUCCGGUCAUAUUAGUUUAGUUUUGGAUUUCUGAAGUUUCAACCAGACGCGUGCACAUGCUCCAACUGUAGCCUUUCACUGUGUAUGACACCUAACCAAGCAACCCAUCUCUCUCUCUCCGCAUUGCUGUUAAACAUUAUUCUUUCUUGGCCCACACACAAAUUAUAGUGGAAAUAAAUUGAAAUGCUGACCCGAUCACCACAAUGUUUUAUGAUCAUAUCCAAUGAAAAGCAUGUUGAGAAUACGAGCGGGUCAGGUUCACGGUGUACGCUUAAAAAGAAAAGUACCUUCUCCUGAAGUGUUCAUAAUCAAUGCAAUCUAAGAUAUUAGGAACAAUACAUGGUAAAUGGGGGAGAGAAACAAUGAACAAAGAAGCAUUGUUGUGUACACAGAUAAUUCUAUGUCCAAAUUAGGACCGAGAUGAUUUAGUAGAAUGUACGUCCAUUUUAAGCUUUGCACGCUGUGUUUCUAACAAUUUCUGGGAGUAAUUUUUCCUCAAAUUUGUGUGCUUUGGUCUAUUCCCUCCUUUGCAAAUCCUGAGACUAAUGUGAAUUUUAAUGGAAUCAAAUGCAUAAUUUCUAUUUUGUUGGCCUUUGUGCUGGAUUUUCAUUGCAUAUCAGAGGAAUGCAAAUUCAAAUGUUAUAUUUGAAUAGACACCAGCAAUAUUAGUAGGUGAAACACUUAAUUUUGAAAAUAUACAGCUCCGUUGCAAUUGAAACAUGUACUCCUAUCAAAAUGACAAAUUUUAAACUGCCAAAAUGCAGCAAAUUAAAAAAAAAGUUGCUUCUUACAAAGUUGGUUAAUGUUAAAUGUGCAUUACAUCAGAUCAGUAUUGCCCCUUCUCCCAACAUGCCCCAAACUUUACCAACAGCCUGUCUAGUAGCAUGGACUUUUUUUUCUUUAAAAAAAACCACUGUUGUCGUCAGCUAAGACUUAUUUUGCAGUUUUACUUGUGUUGAAAAUUAAGUACAAGUUACAUUGUACCUCGACUUGUGGGAAAUUUACAUAUCCAGCAAGUUUGUAAAAGAAUUAUGAAGAAGGAAUAUCUCAAUGUUCAUUUUGAGAUGACAGCAGAAUAUCACGCCAGUCCUACUCCACAAAGAAUGAAGUUUGCAGAUCAGCCACCAUGUUUAACUAUUAUCCAAACCUUAUUCUUUCAAAUUAAUGAUUUGCUUUGAUGAAUGAAGAGACUUGGUUUCUGUUGAAGCAGUCUUUAAUUUUGCUGCUUUUAAACUUGUAUGAACAGUUUUCCCGUUGUACUGUGUAGUCAUAAAUUAUCUCCGUAAAAUUUGUUGUUUCAUUAUGCACUAGCUGUGGAUGGAAGUAAUCGAAUGCACUGUUAGGUUAUUGAUAAAUUUUGAUUUCAAAAUUACUUUUUUUACUUAGAAUAUUUUUAAUUGGAUCUGCCAUUUAAGGUCUUGUUUAGACUGUUAAAGUGUUGCUAGUUCACAAACCCAUGUAAACCCAUAAAAUGAAUUUUGGUUCUUCAAAGUAAUUGUGUAGUUAACAAUACUCAAUACUCUGAGUAAGGUGCCAUUCAAGAAUAAAACUUCCAUUUACAGUCUACCGUUAAUGCUGUUUUUGCUUGAAGAAUUACCCAGUAAUUAAACAUUUCAAUAAUACAGUGCAAGAUUUUAUUUAACAGGAUUUCAGUUUGACUUCACAAAUUUUGAAAUGCCCUAUCCCGUAGCAUUUUGCUACAUUCUAAAAACAACUCAAUGCGCUUGGUUAUUAAAAACAUUUUGAGCUAAUUGCCCUACCCUGACCACUUGGUUGGAUCUACAAUUAUUUCUUUCCUUGCAAAGGUUGUCUGGUGGUUAUGUAGAAUUCUAACAUGGGAAAAGCUUCCUAGUUGUCAUUGGAAACACUAUGGAAAAUUUUAGCAUCCACCAAAACUGGAGACUGCCCGAUGGGAUCUCUAUUUCGUCACUUUAAAGAAUCGCAAUUCUGGCACCAUAGCCUGAGAUACGAGACCGCAGAUGCUGCAGGCUAGAGCAACUGACAAAUCGCUGGAGCAACUCGGCAGGUUGGGCAGCAUCCGUGGAGACAAAUGGACUGUCACUGUUUCAGGUUUAGACUAUUCAUCUGGACAGAUAAUUAAUUUUGUAUUGUAUCUCGACAGAUGAAGGAUCCCAAUGCAAAAUAUUAACUGCCCAUUUCUUCUACAGAUGCUACCUUACCUGCUGAGUUCCUCCAUGAGUUUGUGUUUUGCUCCAGUACUGCAUGGUUCCAUGGAAUGCGUUCCAGGUCUGGAGUGAGUGAACACAUUGAACGCUUACAAUUGUUCUUGUUUCACAAAUGUUGCCCAUCUUUAGAAAUGUCCUUGCUUGGAUCGAAUCGGAUUCCUACGUCUGUCGCACAUUAAGACUAAAACUGAGAUACAAUUAGAGUUCCGCAGGCUAGGUAACAUGAAUUGGCAAAACUGUUAAAUGAAAGUACACUUUAGCUUUUAAAAGAUAAACACUAGUAAUAUUGGUAUGUCCUGUUUCAAGUUUUUUAUGCACUUCGAAUAUUAUGUGUCCUAGCAUUUAUUAUGCUUUUAAUGUUCAUUUAACUUGUGGCAUUUCUUUGCAAACCUUUUCACAAAGAUCUGCACUGUUUUUGCAUCAUUUUUUUUGUGGUUGAUCUAAUAAAUGCUAAUGGAUAGUAUGUUAUUGGCAUUUUUUAAAGAGACCUGACAAAUUAAUUUUUACUUGGAUAUACCUUGCCUUUCACAGUUAAUGAUGGUGUUCAUAAUUUAACAUCACAUCCAUUGGAAAGUAUGUUGUGCCUUCAAAGUGAAUGCUACUAUGCUAUAUCCAUCAAGCCACCAUCUAGCUCCCUCCUCAUUCCUUGGCCAUUCACUGUGUGGAGGCAGGAAAUAGUUUUUGGUGACUUGUCACAAUUUCACCUGCCUCUUGAAAAUUUAAUGGGAAUAGCCAGGUGUUGCAAGUACAUUGGAAAUUUCUCCUAUAUCCUCGUGGAUAAUAACAGUCAAAAGGAGCAUGUUUAUUGUGGUUAUUAAAUUUCCCAGGCGAGCAAUUAUAUCCCAGAGAAAUUUGAUCUCAAUGGACACUUGUUUUCUAAGUGCAACAACUUCUAUCUUCCGUUUGCUGAAUGCUGAUUUGGAUUUGCAUUUGUAAGAUGACGCAUGUGCCUAUGCAUUUGAUAAGGACCACUGGACAAUAUUGCAUUACUGAAAUUAUUUUGGAGUUGUAUGAAAAUGACAAAGUAUGCAAUGGUAUUUGAAAGUAAAGUACAAUUGAUGAUUUUAAUAUCUAGUGUGGCACAAAUAUUUUUGACAGAAGUAAUGGUCCUAAUUUUGACAUUUGAACAAAAUAUUGUCGUCCAGUAAAUCUCCCUCUGACAGAUUCUGGUGGCAUAGUGAGACAUUACCCUUUCUAUACUGCUGAUUCCUGUAUAAUACAUAAUCUAAACUGAAAUAUUUGAUGAUCUAAUGAUGAUUGUCUAUUUUGAUAUUCACAGUUUGAAAGAUGCCUGUUUUCCUAAGUAUGUAGUUUCCAACAGGCAUGGUUCACCUUUGUGUGUUGAUACACCAUGGUUGAACUUCUCUUUUCUUAAAAAGAAACAUUAUUCUAGAUAUCUUUUAUUGUUGGUUAGGCUUGAGAAUAUAAAUUUUCACAUGUAUUAAUUAACCACGUGUUCUGCAUAGCUACCAGGAAAUUUUGGAAAAUGUAAGAAUUUUUCAUCGUUAUUCUUGCUUUUUCUGUGAAAUACCUCAUUUUGGUUUGGCUAACUUUGCCUAGAACUGUACAAUCCUUAAAUCCAUACAUACCCUGAGAUGUGACAGAAUUAUCAAUGUUUAACCUUCCUACCGGCGUGGAUCUUUCAGCUGCUUAACAUUUGAGCUUGUGAUGAUUGAAUCCAAAGGCAUCUUCACUGUAAACUGACAAGACUGGUUUCCGAGUGGAAUUUAUUUUCUAAUUCAAAACUAAAUAACGUAGAUAGUUUAAUGGUCAUUUACUGAGUUAUUUUGCAAGUGACCCUCUGCUACAUACUAUUUUCAAUGUUUUUUUUUUUGCCCAGCGAAAUGCAAGCUUCUGGUUUAUCUUAGUGCAUGCACUUCAUUUACUUUGGUUAUAUUUUACAGUAUAUUGACUGUUUAUUGUACAUUGUCACUAAAAACCCCAGGUUUUUGAAUUUGUACAGAGCACACUGUUAUAUUCAAGUUAAUACUUGAUUUAGCUUGUGUUUGGGAAAUGUUGUAAUGUGUAAAUAAACUGUUGUACAGAUA